UAAACCAGACGGAGAGAGAGUGAGAGAGUGAGAGAGAGGAGAAAAGCCAUCAUCGCUCCUGGAGAUCAAUAAGCGGGCCACACAGAGAGCAGACGGAUACAAGCCCUCUUGCCUCCCGCUCUGUCGCAUCCAUCCAUUCUCUUAUCCAUCCAUCUAUCCAUUCAUCCAUCCAUUCAUCUCCAAGGGCGGUUCAAGGGGUGACGAGACCAGACGGACACAUGUUAUGCCGUGCGUAAAGCGUGACCCCCUCGGUGUGUUUUUUACACGUUUUUUGCAUCUGUUUCGCACUUGGAGCCACUGACAUGAGGAGCUGAAACCGACACCGAGCCAACAAUGAAAAUGCUCCGGUUUCGCAGCCCCAGCAUCCGCUCCUUGGACCAGGAGGUCCUCUGCACGAUCCGAUUACUGGACGACUCCGAGAUCUCCUGCACCAUCCAGAAAGAGACCAAAGGCCAGUUCCUAUUGGACCAUGUUUGCAAUCACUACAACCUGCUGGAGAAGGACUACUUUGGUAUACGAUACGUAGAUCCUGAGAAACAAAGGCACUGGCUGGAGCCCAACAAGCCUGUGGUGAAGCAAAUGAAGUCAGCUCUGCAGCCGUUCACAAUGUGCUUCCGGGUCAAGUUCUACCCCCACGAGCCAAUGAAAAUUAAGGAGGAGCUCACCAGGUAUCUCCUGUACCUCCAGCUGAAGAGAGACAUCUACCACGGCCGCCUCCUGUGUCCCUUUGCUGAGGCGGCGUACCUGGGAGCCUGCAUCGCACAGGCUGAGCUGGGAGAUUAUGACCCAGAGGAGCAUCCAUCAGACUACAUCAGAGACUUCAAGCUAUUCCCUAAACAGUCCCUCAAACUGGAGAGGAAGAUUAUGGAAAUACACAAAAAUGAGCUCAGGGGUCAGUGUGCAGCCUUGGCAGAGUUAAAUAUGCUUCAAAGAGCCCACAGCCUGGAAACGUAUGGAGUCGACCCUCAUCCAUGCAAGGACUUUACAGGCUCAACUGCCUUUCUGGGCUUCACAGCCACGGGGUUUGUGGUUUUCCAGGGAAACAAGAGGAUUCACCUCCUCAAGUGGGGUGAUGUAAGCAAGCUAAAGUUUGAAGGCAAAACCUUUUAUGUCAUUGGAGUCCAAAAAGAGAUUAACUGUACUGUUUGUAAUCCUGUCCACCAUCACACACAAUCUAUAUGUGUGUCGCUGUUUCAGAUCUCCUUAACAGGCAGGAUUCAAUGUAACAGGAUGAAAAAGCUGGUGUUGACAUUUCACACCUCGACUCCUGCAGCGUGUAAGCACCUAUGGAAGUGUGGGGUGGAGAAUCAGGCCUUUUACAAAUGUGCGAAGUCGAGUCAGAUAAAGACCGUCUCAAGCAGUAACAUCUUCUUCAAAGGCAGCAGGUUCAGAUACAGUGGAAAAGUAGCAAAGGAAGUGAUAGAGGCCAGCUCCAAGAUUCAGCGAGAUCCACCCGAGGUUCACAGAGCUCAGUUUGGUCAGAGUCGAAGCUUUAACUCUCUGAGCCAUAAAAACCUGAUCAUGAACAUGGAGCCUCUGGUACCCGCACUGCCAUCCACCAACGAAUACGAAGAGGCGGCAGCAGACCCCGCAGGUGUUGUUGCUGUGAAGGAUCCAGUUCCUCUGUCUCCUCUCGAACCCUCAGCGGCAGCAGCAGCAGACACAGAACAAUCAUGUGCAGAGAGGAGAAGCUCUUCUUUGAUCAAUGACCUGCAGCCUCACUGUGUCUCCAUGGAAACCCCAUACCUCUCACCCCUAACACCAAAAGCUGAAGACGGACUGGAGGAAGACGACGAUGGCGGCGGUGCACUCACCAUCUCUGAACUUGCAUACAGCCCCUGCGUCAGCAUGCUCCCCACCCCAGUGGAAGACAGUCAGGGAGGGGUCAACCAGCUCUUCUCCAGUCCUGUCCAGAGUCCCGCUAGAUUGCUGAGAGAGCUCCAUGCUGACCCCGACAUCCAGGCCCAGUUGGAGGCCGACAGGGAGCGAGACCGUGAAUUUGAACGCACUCGCCUGGCUACCAGAAGUCGAAUGAGCGGAGUCCUGGCCAGUAGCCUGCAGCUGCUUUCGUCCAAUGAGAGAGUAAACACCUGGGUGCUGGGGGUAGCCAGGUUUGUAGCUGUGCUCAUGGGGGUCCUGCUUAUCACUGUGCCCACACUGCUGCUGCUGCUGGAGUCGGACAUCGACGUGUCGUUCCUCCACGAGAUCCGACAGACACCAGAGUUUGAGCAGUUCCACUACGAGUACUACUGCCCGCUUCGACGCUGGAUUCUGUGCAAGAUCAGCAUGGCCAUGGAGAACCUGUGGUCUGACUAGGCAAGACAGAGAAAUCAGUGAUGAAUCAAGGAAAAAGGAAAAAGCUGGGCCCAAAUGUCUGUUUAACAUGUGAUUUGUUGUGAGUCUUAAAAAGCGAUGCCUCUUAAGGUAGACAAUUCAACCUGCCAAUGAGGUGAAGGAAAAUCGCUUGUUUGAAUUGAGUCAGUGCGUACUAAACACUUUGGAAACAAGUAUUGUUCUUUCUCCUCAUUGGUAGAACGACUUACCUCUUAGUAAAACUGAAACUAGGGAGGGAAAUCCUUCUUUAUUAUGAAGUUGAAUCACUUGAUAAGACUGACAUUUCUGCCAAGAACUACCUGAGAACAAAAAGGGAAGUCAUGGAGGGAAGGGAAACGGAAAAAUGUAUUAGUUUUAUUGUUUUUAUUUUCCUUUAGAUUUUAAGGCCUCUCCACUCCUGAUGCUGACAAGUGCAGCCAAAGCCUCUACAGUAGGCUUCACAAACUGUUCUGAUUGGUGUUCAUCCUUCCAACCAGAUCACCUGAUUGGCUAUUAAGUCUGUCAGUCAUGACGGAGUGGGUGGGAAAUGAAAAAGAAAAAAUACAUACUCACCAGUAAACAAAAGCAUCAAUCUGAGCAACAGAUUUAAAAAAAAAAACUACACCAAGAUAUUAAAAAUUGCUACCAAUAUCAGAAACGUUGUUUUUAAAGUUUUGUACAUUUUUAUGUGAUUCAGAUAUUUCAGGAAUUUUUCAGUCAGAAGAUCUACUUUGAGCUUAUUUUCAAAUUAAGAGUUUACAAAAGAUUACUAAAAAAAAAAAAAGCUAAUUUACUGAGGUUUAUCAGAAUGAAGGGUGUUGAGAAACUAUUUUUUUAAGACUACUGUCAACAUGUGUUGUCUUUGUGGUAGAAAUCUGGUUUUACUCCAGCAGAGGUUAGAGCACAAAUCCUUCAGCUUUUUCGGAUUAUUUGAUGUCAUCAUGAAGGAAAGCCGUAGAGAAAAACAAACCAGUUUGUGACGUUAGGAUGUCCUUUGUGGAACCGUUAAGUGUUUUAAAUGUUAGCUCAUGCAUUAGCAUUCAUCUUUCAACAUGAUACUUUCAACAAAUGCAGCAAAGAAGAGAAAAGAAAAGGGAAGGGAAGUGAAGACGCUUCUAAUUAGUGAAACUGAGAAUCGCUGUUUGGUGAUUUAUGAUUUUGAAGAAGUUUGUGUUAGCACAAAGUAAAGAAACAUAAGUGAAUCUUUAGGUUGGUUUGGUUGAAUGGUUCUCAUACUUUUGAUUACAAGUACCACUAGGUACUAUUAACUGGGUCAGUGCCUCUUUUUGCAAUUUGACUUUGCCAGUGAACAAGCCAUUUCACACACCCAGCUGAAACCAGAUAUUUACAUACACUCUGUAAAAAUAAGCAGAUUAUUUUUCGUCUUUGUCUCACAAUGAACAAGACUUGAUAUGUUGCUGUUGUCGCUGCCAGCAGUAUUUUUAUUUGCUGAAUGUCAGAGUAAUGAGAACAAAUUACUGUCAAUUAUAGCUCAGUACUAUAAAUUCAGAGGCACUAAGAUUUGAGAAAUGCUGCCAUGGCUUUGUGAGAUUAAGCUGCUUGAAAACAUUGGCCUUGUAAAAAUCUAUUCAGUAACUGUUAGUUUUAUUGUUUAGGGAGGUUGGAUACAUGUUGAAUUAUUAGUUGCUGCAGUCUUACUUAAGACAAUCAGUAGGUUUUUAAUUUGGUGCCCAUUUCUAAUAGUUUUGCUAUUUGGUUUCUGUUGCAUGCGUCAUGUCAUUGACUAAAUUUGAAAUCCCAUCUGAAAAACAGUCCCAUUUUACUUUAAGAGCUGUUUUAAUCAUUUCUUUCUCCAACAUUUCUGCAUGUGUUACACUCGCUGUUUGUUUUUCCUAAAAAAUUGGCUGUUACUUUUUGUAAACACCCUAAAUUUAGUAAAUAACACUGAUUUCCAAUUCAUUUUCAGACCCGAUUUCCUUGAUAAAUCAAACACUGCAUAAUAUUAAAACUAGCAGUGGUACUUGUACCACAAUGUGAGAACCACAGGCCUAGUCCAAUCAUGCAAACAGUUCACUGGUGUAAAAGAAAUACCAAACAUAUUUACCCUUCACAAACACAAAUUUGAACUAAUUUGUAUUCAUUUUUAGGAUAAUCCGUAGAAAUGCCUACUCACUCCACCUUUGCUGUAGUUCUAGAUAAAGUUACAAAAGUAUUUAAAGAGAUAAUUGCUUGGAAAAGUAGUUGAGGAACUUGCUGCAUUGGAGUAUCUUACUGUCAUUCAGUUCUUUGUUUUGUGAAUCAUUAACGUAAUACAAGAGAAGAAAAUCUGGGAUGAAAUCAUCCGAGACUGAAAAAUAUACAACUAUCAGUAAAUUAUUAAUAUGUAAAGGCUACGGAAGGCAAACAAUGGUGAGCAUGGGUCUUAGACUAAAAGAAACUAUAAUAUGUAGCUUACUCUCAGGAAAGCUCAACUGUUUAUGUUAACAUGAAAACAGAUGUAACACAACGGAUACAUUAACACACAUUACAGUCACACAUUGUGCUUUUCUGGACACCAAAGCAGUUUAUGUGGAACAAGAUAUUAUUACGGCUGCAGAUCGUCUGCCUAAUUUAAUCAGCUGUGUAUGCAUCAUGUCAUUCUAAUAGGAACUGGAACAUAAAGUGUCUCCUUCAAUGCACUUUGACUGACUAAAGUAACAUUUACCUUACAUACAGAUGUCACUUUUCAUACAGUCUGUGAGACUGCAGCACACAGUCUAACAUCAAAUUCUCUUCUAUCUGAUGUCUUAUGAUCAGCUGUAUUGCUAUGUGACUUUAUACACUUUAUGCAUUUGCAAGUUUUAUGCAUAGGAAAUAUGCAGUAACAACAGAAACAUGUACUUUAAGACAGAGCAUUUAUUUUCCUACGACAGCACAUGCACUGAAUUUCAUAGGUGAAACCAAGCAAAGGCCAAAACGCUAUGAUGGCGUUUACUUUAAAUGUCACAGAUCUGAGUUCAGUUUUGCUUCACUGUGGAGGAUGAACCUGACCCAUAUGCACUGACACUGUAAAAUAAUUCCCAUCCAAUGACAGACGAAUAUGUCUUUUUUUCCUAAAUGUAAUGACAUCAAAAAGACUUGGGAUACUUUGCAGAACAAACAAAAAAAGACUAUGUAAACACAUCAUUUACACAUGUACAUUUAUAAAGACAUAGUUUGUCACUGGUUUUAGUCUUUGAUUGCUGUGCUGCAACUUUUAUAUUAGUUCACUGGCUCCAUUAGCUCUCAGUGCAAACUGCAUGUCCUCAUCUGUAAAUAUUGUGUUUAUAGUUGUGGUUUAAAUAUGAAAAAAAACAAGAACAGGCCCACUGCAGGUAAAGAUUUUCUCCUUUCUUCCCUAUGUAUGUCUUUGUGUAAAGAGGCUUGGCUGUCUCAUCCAUUUUAAAAUAAUGCUUGUUAUCUGUGUUUCUAUCAACUGAGAGAGGAACAUUCAUCCCACACAUUCUUGAAAGUUUUUGUUCUCAUUCAUAAUUAGGCUUUCAUUUUAUUUAUCUACUUGAUAUUGGUUACACGUGGUUUUCUGUACCAACUCUGUAAGAAGUUCCUUUCAGAUAAAGCAUAAAAAUGUUCUCAAAUAAUUCAAGAAGUUUUGGAAAUGUAUAUUUCUUCUGGCCCUCAAAAAGAAGCUGUAAAAUACUUGAAGAGUUGGCUUCAUCAUGCUAAGCUAUGUCAUUGUAAGCCAUUAAAGCUAAGCUAAUCUCAUUGCUAACAGCAUGCUUGCAUGUUAGCUGCCAAAAAGCUGGAUUCAUGUGAUUUUAGUUGAGAGAAACAUACAUUUAACAGGACUCCAGUCAUUGUCAACAUACUGUAUAUGUUCAGUUUGUGAAAGCAAAUGUAAAAACCCUUAACCUCUGCAAACAAUGAAAAAAAAACCUUUUGGUUCUGAAAACUCACCAUAGCCCAGUGCUUCUCAAUUCCAGUCCUCAGGGCCCCCUGCUCUGCAUGUUUUAGCUGUACCCCUAUUUCAGAACAGCUGAAAUGAUUGCAUUACCUGUUCUACAGCCAUCAAGUACUGCAGAAGCCUAUUAAUCACUCAUAGAUUCAAUCCAGGUGUGUGGCAGCAGGGAAACACCUAAAACAUGUAGGGCAGGGGGGCCUGAGGACCGGAAUUGAGAAGCACUGCCAUAGCCUGAUAUGACAUGUAGCACGCCACUGUAGCUUAUUUAUCAGUUCUGUUAGCAUUCUUUGAUGGCAUUUGAUUUGAGUUUGUAGCUCCUGUUUUGAGCUAAUUAGCCUCCCGUGUUUGAUAACCCAGUAGUUUUGAUGGAGAGUAGGCCUGCAGCUGACAGUGGUUGUGAUUUGAAUCACGAUAAAUCACGACAUGAUGCACCAGCUGAUGUCACUUGAGUUGUUAAUGAUAUGGUCCUUUAAUCAUAAUUUCAAAUUCAAAACUGAAUUUUCUGUCAUCCAAAUCAAAUUUGACAAAGAAAAUAAUACCUGAAAUUUAAAUUGUAUAAAAUUAUCAACUGUUUUUAGCAAAUGUAUUUAAGAUUAUAAAACUCAGGUCUUAUAUAUGCAAAAAAUGCUGGAUAAUAAGUAAAAGGGUGCGGGAAGUGUGUUAAUUCAAUGUUUUAUGUGCAUGUACAGUAGCAGAUUAUCUUGCUCGGUUCCUCUGGUGUUUUUUUUUCAAUUGUCAACCAAACUGAUUGUUUUGGUUACAGUUCCUGUCAGAAGUUUACAUACAGCCAUCAAGUGACAUGGAUGUAAUAUUGAUUUGAGGAUUUUUCUUGAACGUUUAUGUUUUGAGUGUGGACAAGUCAAAAUUAUUCUGAAAGUUAGUAGGUUUCCUCAAAGACAGUAGCCAAAGAAUCUUAAGUGAUAUAUCAGCCAGUGGAAAUGUCUGGCUAUACAUUUCAUGAUUAAUUAUUUAUGAAAUAAACAAAAUCCACAGUAAAUCUGUGCACUCAGUUCCUAUCUUCCAAAAUUUUUUAUGUUGUUUAUUGUAGUAUCCAUCCAACCUGGAAAAAGUAAAAUUUCAAUGCAUUACAAAGAACCCAAAAUAUGAUGGCUGUUUGUAAACUAUGGACUGGGGUUGUAGCUUUUGCUGUUUAAGUUUACUUUUUUAUUUUUAGACAGUUCUUUUUGUUGUUUGUUUUGGAUUGUUUUUUUCUUUUCAGUCUCUUUGACUAAGCCACUCUGGGAGAUUUUUCUUUUUAAAAACAAUCUGAAAAAAAAGAAAGAAUAAAGAAAACCAGAGACAACCAAGCCUUAUGAAUUUUGUGGAGUAAAACUUUGAAUGUUUGUAUGUUCUAAAAAAUAAACAUGGAUUGUUUUCUAUGUUAAUACUGCCACAAUAAAGAUCCCUAAAGAA